ACGACGACGGUGACGGUCUCCCCGACAUCAGUCGCAAUUAAGUCAUCAGUGGAAUUAGUAGUUUCUUGUUUUCGCUUCCCGAUACUCAGUGCUUGCUAUUUAUUAUAACGAAAAAUUUGCAGUGCUCGGUCCCGGGUCGUCGCCGGAAUGUCUCGCGAGUUGGAAUUCGAAGAGCUGCUCUACUACGUGGUGGAGCUCAAGGACAAACUCAACACCAAACUGGACGCCCAGACGGUCAAGAUAAAUCACCAGGGCUCGAUCAUAAAUCAGCAGGGCCAAAUCGUCGACGAGCUUUGCUGGCAGUUGCGGGAGCUUAGCGAAAAAGUUCGUGACCUGCGUGCCGAAAAUCGUCGCCUCCGGGAACGGGUGGACCAGUUCUGUCCGAACUGUGCCGGAUGCCACUGCACUGUCACCACCUACGAGAACCACAUCGUAGACAAGUACAACGAGCUGCUAGGGGUGGACAAAAAGACGAAACCAUCAUCUAUUUCCCCGCCUGCUCUGGUGCCGAGCAGCGAUGAAAGUGACAAACGUGUGAAAACGAACACAGAAGGCCAUGACCAACAACAACAACAAGAAAAUAGGCAGACAAACCAGAAAAUCGAUGAGUACUCUCAAGUAGUGAAGAAACAUGAUACAAGCGGGAGCACCAAAAAGAAGUGGCUUUUCGGGGGUACAUCGGACAAGAAGGAACCCGUGGCCACGACGUCAGUGAUGUCGACCGAUAGCAAAACAAUUUGGUACAUUGACGAAGAAAGCAUCUACGAACCGAUAGAGCUGUCCGCUAAGCCGACAACCCGCGCCCAGUUGGAGAAGAUUAGCGCCGAGGUUUCGAGUGCUCCCAGACCGGCACCCCGGCGGUUGUACUCGGCCCAGGCGGUGGACAAUUUGGCACACUACUUCCAGGAUGGGUCCAGCUUGUGUGAAAUUGAAGAAUUCGAUGAAGAGUCCGGGGACGAGGACCGCGGCAGCGAUGUUAUGCUGCGACCCACCCAAGUGAAGCAGUUUGGUCCGGAUUCGGCGAGAGGCAGCAGCAUGGUGGCUUACAGCCGGAUUGCGGUAAGUUCGGUUCGGACCUGGUGCAUCUCCAGCGAGAACAUCGUCCGCUUCACGGUCAGCAGCCGACCGGCGACCGUCGUACCCACAACCGGCAGCGACAAGGAAGCAUCGGACAAUCGACGGCAUGCCAUCCGUUCCUACAUGUAGUUAGUGGGGCCGCACGGUACCCAUCAUCAACGUCGCGUGACGACUUCAGAAAGCAGCACAUAUCACCUCGACCGAAAUUGAGUACCUGGUCGCGAUUACCGAAAUUUGUUCGAAAGUAGAACGACAGUUCGCUGUCGAUGUCGGAACGACAUGAACAAGUGCACUUUUAGUAGGCUUAUCGAGGUCAAGUCCUGUCGCUUUGCACGUUUGCAUUUGUAGGGUUUCUUAUUUUCCAACAUAAUGUGAUGGCACAUGUCAAAUUGAAAUGUAUGUCAGUGGCAAUAACGAACGAGUACUGCUUACGUAAUGAGCGCUCGACUUUGCCCGGUGUAGAAUAAGGAUACUCCGCUUCGCCGCUUUUUUUUUUCGAAUAUAGGUAGAUUAAGAUAAUCCGAUAGCAAGUGAUAGUUUAAACAGAGAUGUAGUGUGAAAGCACCAAAUGUAGAAUGUAAUGGAGAAAUUAACACUGUGUAACGACCUUCCGUUCUUUCGUCCACAUAUCACACUCCCUCGUGCUUCUUGGUCAUACAAAACGAACAGCGGCAAAUGCUGGCUCCGUGUAGUUGCCGAUGAAGCGACAUAGAAUAGGGUAGUUAAUAUGCAAAACCACAUUCGAGUGAGACCGGACCGGAGCUCGGCAGGUUGCGAAAAGUAUACAUUGGGGAAAGUGGGGCAGUUUGGUCACCUUAAACAAUUCG